AUGACGGAAACGCCAUCUUCGAAGCGCUCAGUUCGGAAGAAGCCCAAAAAUUGGACCGGCGGUGCAGGGGUGCCGAGUUAUGCUCUGGCAGAUACGAGAAGAGUUCGCAUUUUUAAGAAUGGAGACGUUAACCAUCCGGGAGUUAGGAUGGUAGUCAACCCUCGCCAAAUCCGCGAAAUGUCCGCCUUCCUCGACCUCGUCAACCAGAAGCUCCAAAUGAUCGCCGGCGCCCGGAGAUUGUUUACAGUCGGUGGAAAGGAAGUGAAGCGGAUCGAUGCGUUACAAAAUGAUACGGACUACGUCGCCUCGGCUAACCACUUCACCCCAAUGGCCUAUGGUCAAACUUUGACCCGAUCGGCUUCCUCUUUUAUCACGUCAGUGACGAGUCCGAGUCUUGCCGCCCAAACCGCGCGUCCGUCUCGUUCUUCUGAACCCAGGGCCGCGAAGUCGACGGGCGAGAAGCGGAAGCGAGCGAAAUCUCAUGCGCCUCCCGGAACCGCGCCUGCCUCUACCGACCUGACGGUGCGUAUCAAAAAACUCGUGAAAAAUGGCGAAAAAAAACUCGAGAAAGCCUUCUCCUUCGGCGACAACGGGGAGUCGACGACGAAAAAGGUGAAGAAACGGGUGCAGAAUGGGGUGGACUCCGUGAAGAAGACGGGCGGAGAUUUGCAUGAGGGAGGGAAGAAAGUAGUCCGAAAAACGAAGAAAAAAGUCAAAGAAAAUCUUGACGUGGUCAUCGACAAGGUCCAGGAUACGGCGGAUGGUGCAAAUGCUCAUGUCGUUGGAGCAGCAGCGGCUGGUGGAGCGGCGAUAGGAGCCACCGGUGCCGCGUUGAACCACACCGUCUCCGACGUCUUGUCCGAUAAGGAGAAUGAUGACCAUGCCCACAAGAUCGACGAUCAUGCUCACGAAGUGGAGCACCAUUCUGAGGUGGUGAUCGACGAGGUCGCAGGCGGUGCUCCUUCGCAUCCAGGCAGUCGGAGGCAAUCGCUAGCUGCUCACUCGGUAAAAUCUCAUCAUUCUGCCCACGGCUCUGGCGAUGAACAUGAACACGAGCAUGAGCACGAGGGCGGUGAUACCGAGCGAAGCAAGGGAUCCGACUCUUCCCGACGUACCCUCGUCCUCUCGCGUAAUGGAAAGCCGGAGCAC